GAGUGGGGAGCGAGGGAGGGAGACGAGGGAGAGGGAGACGGAGGGCAGUGAGAGACGCAUUUCCAAUUCCCAACUACGAGCCCCGAGUUUGCAGAUGGGGCUGCUCGGCGGUGCCUGUGGCUGAGGGAGAGCAGUGGCGGCGGGGAGCGACCGGGAGCGGCGGCGGCGGCGGCGCGGAGGCGGCUGAGGUGCGAGCCGCAGCAAUGCAGCAAGUCUUGGAAAACCUUACGGAGCUGCCUUCAUCUACUGGAGCAGAAGAAAUAGACCUAAUUUUCCUCAAGGGAAUUAUGGAGAAUCCUAUUGUAAAAUCACUUGCUAAGGCUCAUGAGAGGCUAGAAGAUUACAAACUAGAAGCUGUCAGUGACAAUAAUUUGGAAUUAGUCAAUGAAAUUCUUGAAGACAUCACUCCUCUAAUAAAUGUGGAUGAAAAUGUGGCAGAACUGGUUGGUAUACUCAAAGAGCCACACUUCCAGUCACUGUUGGAGGCCCAUGAUAUUGUGGCAUCAAAGUGUUAUGAUUCACCUCCAUCAAGCCCAGAAAUGAAUAAUUCUUCUAUCAGUAAUCAGUUAUUACCAGUAGAUGCCAUUCGUAUUCUUGGUAUUCACAAAAGAGCUGGGGAACCAUUGGGUGUGACAUUUAGGGUUGAAAAUAAUGAUCUGGUAAUCGCCCGAAUCCUUCAUGGGGGAAUGAUAGAUCGACAAGGUCUCCUUCAUGUGGGAGAUAUAAUUAAAGAAGUCAAUGGUCAUGAGGUUGGAAACAAUCCAAAGGAAUUACAAGAAUUACUGAAAAAUAUUAGUGGAAGUGUCACCCUAAAAAUCUUACCAAGUUAUAGAGAUACCAUUACUCCUCAGCAGAGUUACAUCAAUAUGGAGAGGCAUCCAGCAGACAUCCAUCAGGUAUUUGUGAAGUGUCAUUUUGAUUAUAAUCCAUACAAUGAUAACCUAAUACCUUGCAAAGAAGCAGGAUUGAAGUUUUCCAAAGGAGAAAUUCUUCAGAUUGUAAAUAGAGAAGAUCCAAAUUGGUGGCAGGCUAGCCACGUAAAAGAGGGAGGAAGUGCUGGUCUCAUUCCAAGCCAGUUCCUGGAAGAGAAGAGAAAGGCAUUUGUUAGAAGAGACUGGGACAAUUCAGGACCUUUUUGUGGAACUAUAAGUAGCAAAAAAAAGAAAAAGAUGAUGUAUCUCACAACCAGAAAUGCAGAAUUUGAUCGUCAUGAAAUCCAGAUAUAUGAGGAGGUAGCCAAAAUGCCUCCCUUCCAGAGAAAAACAUUAGUAUUGAUAGGGGCUCAAGGUGUAGGCCGAAGAAGCUUGAAAAACAGGUUCAUAGUAUUGAAUCCAACUAGAUUUGGAACUACAGUGCCAUUUACUUCACGGAAACCAAGGGAAGAUGAAAAAGAUGGCCAGGCGUAUAAGUUUGUGUCACGAUCUGAGAUGGAAGCAGAUAUUAAAGCUGGAAAGUAUUUGGAACAUGGGGAAUAUGAAGGAAAUCUCUAUGGAACCAAAAUUGAUUCUAUUCUUGAGGUUGUCCAAACUGGACGGACUUGCAUUCUGGAUGUCAACCCACAGGCACUGAAAGUAUUGAGGACAUCAGAGUUCAUGCCCUAUGUCGUCUUCAUUGCUGCUCCAGAGUUAGAGACGUUACGUGCCAUGCACAAAGCUGUGGUGGAUGCAGGAAUUACUACCAAGCUUCUGACGGACUCCGACUUGAAGAAAACAGUGGAUGAAAGUGCACGGAUUCAGAGAGCAUACAAUCACUAUUUUGAUUUGAUCAUCAUAAAUGACAAUUUAGACAAAGCCUUUGAAAAACUACAGACUGCCAUAGAGAAACUGAGAAUGGAACCACAGUGGGUCCCAAUCAGCUGGGUUUACUGAUGAUUCAGUAAGGUUAACAAUGAAAUUAAACUUUUAAAAAGUGACUGCAACAAAUAAACCUCUACUGAGAAAAUACAUCACAGAUAGAAGAUAUCUGCCAAGUCCAGGCAUUUUUAUGGUGUAGAUUGAAAUAACAGUACACUGUUCUGAAUUUUUAUAUAAAAUGUGAUUGGGAAGGUGUACUAAUAUAUAAUUUAUCUUAAUUUUUCUAACUUUGUAUGGAUAAUCUUUCUAUUCAUAUCACAUAAAGAAAUGCGUUGAAGCAUUUUGUAUAUGUUUUGAUUUAGUACCCUUGCCUUUUUCAUCAAAGGAAUUUUCAAAUCAUUCACUCUAACAUUGGUCUCACAUUUUCACUGUGAUAAUGAAUAUUACUUGAAAUAGUUUUGUAAAGCUGUCAUUUAGUUCAGUAUUCAAAUAGUGAAGGGUUAGUCUUAUCAGAAGAAAAUAGUUACUGACCUUCCUUAUAAAUUUCUUACAAAAGCAGAAUUUUAAUGUCAGUGUUAUAGCUAGUCUACUACCAUCUAAAUCUGAUAUCAAAAGUCUGAUCAGUUUACAUAUUUUCAUUAUUUCAGAGAUGUAUGGCUAUCCAUUCUAAUUUAAACAGAUAGUUUUGUGUCUUCAUUUCUAUCUUUACUGAAAAAUUGAAGAGCAAUACCUUGCACUCUCUUAUGAAGUUAUUCUUUUUAUUUGUUGCAGUGAGUGAUAUGCUGAUGCUAACUAAUUUAACAUGUACACAGUAAGCUCUGGGGCUUGGAAGCAAGGUCAUGCAGACUGAGAGAGUGCCUUAUCCUGUAAAACCUUACAGCAAAAUGACACUUGAAGAAAGUUUAUUUUCACGUGUAAAAGUUUAACUGACAAAAGGAACCUACUACUUUAAACAGUGUUUUUAUUAGAACAUGGUCUGCAAAUGUGUCAUGAGUCUGCAAAUUUUUGUUAUGUUUAAAGAUGCCUCUAAGUUUGCAGUUGGAGGUUUUUGUGAAUAAUCAAUGUGCUUUUAGAAAUGUGAUGUGAUCCUUAGGGUGCCUGUUCUGUCUGUUGUGUUGAGAACCAAAUCCAUUGAACAACUUAAAAAAUUUGGAAAUAAUUGUCAGCUAUUUUGUAUACAUACACACAAAAUAUAUACAUUAUAUAAUAUGUAUAUUAUGUAUUAUAUAUAUUAAAUAAUGUUUUGUAUAUUUUUUACAUAUCUGUUAAGAAAUGUAGUUUUUUGUUUUUUGAGAUGGAGUCUCUCCGUUGCCCAGGCUGGAGUGCAGUGGUGUGAUCUUGGCUCUCUGCAGCCUCCACCUCCUGGGUUCAUGAGAUUCUCGUGCCUCAGCCUCCCAAGUUGCUGGGAUUACAGGUGCACACCACCAUUCCUGGCUAAUUUUGUAUUUUUAGUAGAGACAGGGUUUCACCAUGUUGGUCAGGCUGGUCUCAAACUCCUGACCUCAAGUGAUCCACCCACCUUGGUCUCCCAAAGUGCUGGGAUUACAGGCAUGAGCCAUUGCGCCUGGACAAGAAACAUACUUCUUGUUUAAUGAUUGUGGAAAGAAGUUCUCCUUUAGAUGCAUUGACUUGCAUAAAUUCCCACAUACACCUCAGUUAAUAUCCUCCUUUACGAUUCUUGGAUAAUAGAAAUUCUUUGUAAAACAUACUCAGAGAUGCAGUUCAUUAUUAAAUUACAGUAACCAUAUUCUAUAUUGUUGCUAGCUUUCCAUUAAACACUAUUCACACUUUAAAGGCUUAGGUACUUAAAUAUUGAUGUUUAUCUUUGUCUGGUGUUAGGCAUCAGACACGUGACUGCUGAAUUUGUUUUUUCCCUCAUCAGAGUUGUCAUAUGGAAUGCCAGCUGGGAGGACUUUGAGGGAAAAGAAAAUAAAUGACAAAAAGCAGUAUUCACACAUUGUUUAAAAUAUUUUUCAUGAUAAAAUAAAACACCCAAGUUGUCAUAUUGUUAAAGUUGGAAAGCUAUAGGUUUUUCUUUUUUUUAACUGUAGAUUUCAUGGCCAGAACACAAAUUCACAUUUCUUGUCCCUGGACAGGAAAUUGGUAACAAAAUGGAUUGUACUAUUUUAAUAACUAUGGAAACUUUUAAACUACAUGUAUUUACACCAAAUUCUUGGCUUCUCAAAGCAACACAAAUCAAAGCACAGUAUCAAGGUGAGGCCCUAUGACUUAGUGUUUCAACACACACUGGAAAUUUUAAGAGAAAUUUCAGUUCUGCAGUCUCAGGAAUCAUGCUGUAUUGUCUAAUAUACUUUCAGGCUGCGGCAUGGAGCCUCUUUAAACAGCUUUGGGAUAAUUAUAGCAGCACAAAAAGGUUAUCUGCAAAAUAUUUCAAUUAUCUUGGUACAAUAGAUGACUUUUACAUCAUGUAUAUUGUUAGCCUUAUGUGAUAUAAAAUGUAUUACUUAGAAAAUAUACUUAAAGGAAUUAUUUCUAUUAUAAAUGGUAUUCAUGAUUAACUACUUAAUUAAUGCUCAUUAGAUUUCUCCUAAUAUAAAAUGAAAUGAUGCAGUUUAGUUCAUUUCAGUCUAGAUGCCAAUGCUAACAAUAAUAUAUUUGGAUAAGUUUAUUGUAUGUCAAUGAAGAAUCAUUGAACUUGAAACCCAAGUCCCAUAUGAAUCUGCAGGAACAAGCAGUGCUCUGCUGGGGCAAGAAGCUCCAGAGGUCCCGGGUUCUUCCCAGGUAAUCAGAGUAUAGCUGUGAUCAAAGAAAUAUGAACUUCUCUUUUGGGAAGAUCUGAGGUGAUUAGCGUUAUAAAAGAGAAAAUGGUUUAAAGUGAUGUUGAGCAAUUGGUAAGGGUUGAAAUACACACAUUCAUGUGCUUUUGGGAAACAUGAUGUGCCAACACAUUAAUGUGCCUGAGGGUUCCUUGUGGACAGAUGAGUGUCCACAUUUCAGCACUCAGGGCAUGACUGUACACAGCCUAAGACUAUACAUAUAUAUUUUCAUUUUCAAAUGUACAAAUAUCCAUAGAGGUGAUGUUCCUAGAUAAGUCACUUAACUAUAACAGAGAAAUAAAUGUGAUGGCCCUACAAAGUAGAAUUUUCACUUUCAUUACAGCCAUGCCUUUAUUAUACAGUCUCCAUUUCUGUGUAAUAUUUGGAUAUCACAUAUCAAAUACAUCAGGACGUUGUUUAUUUUGGCUAACUUUAUACAAUUGCUGAACAUAGCUUUCUGAAAUAGAAAUUGUAUUAGAAACUCAGUAUGCCUGCAGCAGUAGUAGCCUAAUCCCUAGAUUUUAGACUCUAAUAAAUUUAUAGUAGUCUUUAAGAAGUUUCCUUUAAAGCAACAAAUAGAUUAUUAAGGCAAAUUUAGAUAAUAUCCCAAGUUAGCAAUAAAAUACAACCGUGUGACAUUAUAGAUUAUGUCCAGUUACUAACUGCUUUGACCAUAAUAUCCCAAUGACAAUAAAAAAUGAUCCUUGCUUUAAAAAUUAUUAAAUGGUACAUAUUUUUAUGUAUAAGAAGUGUCAUGAUCCCAGUGAUUGGAGUUGAUUUUCACGGUGGAUAGCCAUAGAAUUAGGUAAAAUUAUUUUGAAUUGGCAAACUAAAGAUAAAAAUUUUGCAAAUUGCUCAAAAUAAUAAUCUACUUACAUUUUACUUUUAUAACUUCUGAAAUAGCACUCCAUUAUCCAGAAAUCGCAUGCUAGACAGCCAAUAAUUUUAUCAGUGAACCUUAGCUAAACAUGAAAAAGGCAAUCCUGAAGUUUUAUGUACAUAGUUCAUUUUUAAAAUGUUUGAGUUGCCAUAUAUUAUGUAUGUAUGUGUGUGUAUAUAUAUAUAUAUAUACACAGCUCUGUGUAUAAUAUGUAAAGUUCUCCCAAAAUACAUGAAUAUAAAACUGAAUGUAUUCAUUCAUGUAAUUUUAACUAGUAUUCUAAAAUUUUAAAUUACUCCCAUUUCUUAAACAUUCUGAAAAUUUUUUUAGUUUAUUUUAAAAGGUUCUGGUUCCACCUUGAAGCUGAUAAUCUUUCUGAAAAAUAUAUGAGAAGUUAAGCUCAGAAAGUAGUCAUUAUCAUAAUUUACUUUUCUUAAGGAAAAAGGGGAGGGUUUUGGAUAGAAACCUCUUGGGAAAUUUUAAAACUUUGGAAUUAAUCUGUAAUAUGAUUUGGGCUGAGAUUAUGGUAACUGCCUUUGUCUUAUUUCAAGAGGUUUGCUGUGAGAAUUCCUGUAAUAACAUCUGUAAUGUAUCUAGAGUUCUGGGAGAAAUUCAUUCUUUUAAAUAAUGGAAUUAUAGUAUAUAAUACAAAUGAAUACUCACAAAAUUUAAGAAUACAUUUGAAUAAUAAUUCAGCAUCUGUCAGUUUUUAUGCAGGUAUAUACCUGAGGAAGAUGACAGUUCUGUAAUUUUUUAAGGUAAGGUUAUUUUUAAAUUGCAUUUUUGUUCUAGCCUUUUGCAAUUUAUAGUAUUUUAAAAAUAUUUUUCAUAAUUCAUGCUACAUUCUGUGUUCUUGGAAUGUUUUUUGAAAAAUAUACAGAUUCAAAUGUGUAUCAUGAGUCCUUAAUAUAUUAAACGGUGAAAGAAUGAGAUUUCUAAAGUGAGAAGCAUGGUUCACACCACUUUGGGAAUACACUGCAGUACUUUAAAAAAAAAAAAAAAAAAAGUAUUCUCUAGUGAUAAAAUUAAAGACAGGGUACUGGCCAAGAUCCUAAUUCUGACGUCUGUGUGAUCUUUGAUGAAAUUUAUAUUUCCCUUUAUCAUUACUAUUCUACUUGUUAAGUGAGGCUAAGUUAAUAUUUGUCUUCGCCUUAAAUUUGUAACUGUGAUGUGGCAAAUGCUGAACUGAAAAUUCUUUAUUGAAUUACUUUAUCUGUUCUCUUUUAUUUUACAGUGUACCUUUUUCUGAAGUAAUGUAGUGAAUGGUGAAUACCACUCAGGAAUUCUUGCAGUUUUAAAAUAACCCCAAAGAUACAGUUUCAGCCAGAAGAGGGUCUAUUCUGCUCUCUUAGUCCUAAUCAGAAAGUCCCUUUUAGCUUAUGAUCCCAUAUUAAAGCCAAACCCUUAGCAGAUCUGUGCUGCCAACCAGAUCACUCACAAAUCAAACAAAAUGUAAGCAAGCAAUCCAGUACUCGGUUACACCAGAAGACUGUGAGCUUUGCCCCGGAAAACUGUCCUACUUUAUUAUCCUGAAAUCACUGCAGGCAUUUUUUUGACCCAUACCAUUAAUUUUAAAAAGCCUCUAUUUCUUUGUAGAAAGAAACAUUCACAGUAAGGUCUAGUUAGUGAACCUUAAAAUCCAGAUUUUAAUCCACUUUAGUUAUUACUUUCUAAUUGCUUCUCAGUCAUUAGCUAAUAGGGAGUGGUGUGAUAAAUUUGACUUAUCGUCACAUACAAAAGUUGGUGAGAAGGGAUAGUUCUCUUCCUUUCUUUUUUCCCCUCCUGGCUCUUACUGUUUUCUGAUCUCCAGUAUAAAUGGAAUGAACACAUCUAUAGUUAAGGUAAAUGCCCCUUAUAAAAUCAGAAGAUUGAGUGAUUUACUGCUUGUAAAACAACUGUUUUUGAAUCCCAUGAAAUAGGUGAUAUCGCUAACACAGAACAGAAGCCAAAAAGGUCUUAAAAUUAGAUGUCUUUAUUGUACUUCAGCCAACAGCAAGCCAGGAGUAGGAACAUGUAUAAAUAUGACAGGCCAUAUAUGAAAUUUGGCUCUCCUCCUAUCCAAGUGUCUUGGGAGCUUGGAGGAAGCCUUAAACAGGAAAAAAGUAUACUCAUCUGAUGUAUGUAGGAACUCAUCAGCUGUAAAUUACCAACGUUAAACCAGAAGUCAUUACCAGUUAUGUGUGGUUUUCAUCUUACCCUUGAAUAGCAGAGGUGGACAGUAGUGUAAGUAACAUUGCUUUAAAGACAUGAAGCUUGUCCUGGUAAACAUGGUCCAAAUGAGAAGUGCCUCCAUCGUUUCAGGUAGAAUCAGAUUUCAGGCAUAAGCUUAGCUACAUCUGUAUUUGAAAUACAGUAUAAAUAUUUCUUAUGUCUCUGUAUCCUUUUUAAAAAAGAACUGCUUACUGGCUGUUUCUUCAGUAACAUUGAUUUUUUUUUUUUUUUUUAAAGUAGUAUCUUGGACUGUGUUGUAAAAGAAUGAGCACUGACUUUCAGCAAUAAGUGCAAUUUCUCCAUGUUAUGUUGAGCUCUGUUAGAUUCUGUGAUGAGUAUUUGAGGUGAAACCUUGCUAUGGGAAUUUUUUAUUCCUCCUCCACCCCCCACACCCCCGCCAGUUCAUUUUGGUAAAUCUUUUCUUUGAACACAGAUGCAUGCUUUUUUUAACCUCUAGUCUUUGAAGUGACUGUAGAAGAGAAUUUUUAAAAA